GCAGACCUCCAGGUAGACAAGGAGAGGCAUAAUUUCUUCGAGUCUUCCCUUGAUUAUGUUUAUCAAAUCCAGGAAGUUCAGGAGUCCAAGAAGUUCAAUAUUGUGGAGCCUGUCUUGGCCUUUCUUCAUAGCCUCUUCAUUUCCAACAGCUUGACUGUGGAGCUCACACAGGAUUUCCUCCCAUACAAACAGCAGCUUCAGCUCAGUUUGCAGAAUACAAGAAAUCAUUUCUCCAGUACCCGUGAAGAGAUGGAAGAACUCAAGAAAAGAAUGAAAGAAGCUCCUCAGACACGCAAACUUCCAGGACAACCCACCAUUGAAGGCUAUCUUUAUACGCAAGAGAAAUGGGCUUUGGGGAUAUCCUGGGUGAAAUACUAUUGCCGGUAUGAGAAAGAGACCAAAACACUCACCAUGACGCCUAUGGAGCAGAAGCCAGGUGCUAAGCAGGGGCCCUUGGACUUAACUCUGAAGUACUGCGUGAGAAGGAAAACGGAGUCUAUUGACAAGAGGUUCUGUUUUGAUAUAGAAACUAAUGAAAGGCCAGGAACUAUCACCCUGCAGGCUCUUUCAGAAGCUAACAGAAGGCUCUGGAUGGAAGCCAUGGAUGGGAAAGAACCUAUCUACCACAGCCCCAUAACAAAACAGGAAGAAAUGGAGCUGAAUGAAGUGGGGUUCAAGUUUGUUAGGAAGUGCAUCAAUAUUAUUGAGACAAAAGGGAUCAAAACAGAAGGAUUGUACCGCACUGUGGGCAGCAAUAUUCAGGUUCAGAAGCUGCUGAAUGCCUUUUUUGAUCCCAAAUGCCCGGGAGAUGUUGAUUUUCAUAAUAGUGACUGGGACAUUAAGACAAUCACCAGCUCCUUGAAAUUCUACCUCAGGAAUCUUUCUGAACCUGUCAUGACCUAUAAGCUUCACAAAGAGCUGGUCUCUGCUGCAAAGUCUGACAACCUGGAUUACCGGCUGGGAGCCAUUCACUCCCUGGUAUAUAAACUACCAGAAAAGAACCGAGAGAUGCUAGAACUUCUGAUAAGACACUUAGUCAAUGUGUGUGAGCACAGCAAAGAGAAUCUUAUGACCCCCUCCAACAUGGGGGUGAUUUUUGGGCCCACCCUGAUGAGAGCUCAGGAGGACACUGUGGCUGCCAUGAUGAACAUCAAAUUCCAGAACAUCGUGGUGGAAAUCUUAAUUGAGCACUUUGGCAAGAUCUAUUUAGGUCCACCAGAGGAAAGUGCUGCACCUCCGGUGCCUCCGCCUCGGUUGACAGCAAGAAGGCACAAACCAAUAACAAUUUCGAAGCGCUUGCUGCGAGAGAGGACAGUUUUCUAUACUUCUUCCCUGGAUGAAAGUGAAGAUGAAAUCCAACAUCAAACACCCAAUGGUAUUAUCAACAGCAGCAUAGAGCCCCCUAAGCUGCCGCAGCACCCCAGACUACCUAUUCAGAGAAGUGGGGAAGCUGAUCCUGGGAGGAAGUCCCCAAGCCGGCCUGUUGCAGAUGGCAAGUUGGAGCCCUGCCCGGAGAUGGACAUGGGGAAGUUGGUUUCUAGGCUACAGGAUGGAGGGGCUAAGGUCACCCCAAAGGCCACCAAUGGACCCAUGCCAGGCUCUGGGCCCAUCAAGACCUCCUCUUUCCACCUAAAGAGACCAGCUCCCCGUCCCCUGGCUCACCACAAGGAGGGGGAUGCUGACAGUUUCAGCAAAAUGCGGCCUCCAGGAGAAAAGCCAACCAUCAUCCGUCCCCCAGUCAGGCCCCCAGACCCUCCCUGCAGGGCAGCUACUCCCCAGAAGCCAGAACCAAAGCCAGAUAUUGUGGCUUGCAAUGCAGGGGAAAUCCCAUCAUCUGUGGUGGCUUCUAGGACCAAGUUCUUUGAAACAGCUUCCCGGAAAACAGGAAGUUCUCAAGGCAGACUUCCUGGAGAUGAAAGUUGAGGCCACAGGUUGUAAAAGCCUUGGCCUCAGGGGGCCCUUUCCAGGUUCUGAAAGGGUCUUCUUCAAACCCUUGUGUGUGGAGUCAUUUUGUGCUGAAGAGCAGCUCUUUCCAGGCCCUGCAUGUUCAGGCUCUGGAAUGCUGUAAAAUAAGGGCACAUGUCCUAGACACAUGUUUAUUUCUCCUUUGUAUCCUGUCUUCAUCCUCUUAGAAGGUUUAUCUUGAGUUUCUGUAACACUGUGAAUAGCUGGACUCCCUCAAGCCAGACUCUGCUAAAACCAAGAUAUCUACUUACCUGAGUUGAGGAGCGGAGCCUGGUUUUCAACUCUUCCCCGAACUUCUGCUUCCUCAAAAGGCCAUCGAACUCUGAAAGAUUUGGAGCUUAAAGACUGAUUUCAAGGUCUUACCUAGAACUAAAGGCCACCGGAGUUGGGCCAUUGCUUACUUUGGUUGGAGGGGAGUAGAAAUGUUUGUCAAACUUUGGGGAAUCUUAACAUGUUUCUCACUGAGGAUAUGGACACUGGUGCCAGGUCGAUGCUGUGGCCCUGCAGUAUGUUGCCAAGAACUUGUCUGCUUCUAUGGAGCCAGACAGCAUGAGUGAUACCGUCAUAACCCCUCCAUGUGGACUUAGGAAGGUGGCCUUCCUACUGUUAGAUACAGCUGCUUAGAACAAAUCUGCAAAGCAUGUUUUGCAUGUCAAAACCUAGGUCUAUUUGGAUGAUUCUUUCUCCUGUUUUCUCCUAACAAUUUAUUUUCCAAGCAAUCAAGAAAAAAACAAAAAAGUACUCUUUUUAAAAAGACAGACUGUGUUUGUCCUGUAGGUGUUCCAUUUGGGGGUCAAAUGCUAGAAAAAGUAUAAGGUGGAUUAAGGCCAGGCAGCUGUCACUGUUACUUCAUGUUUGCCUUCUGCAGAUAAACUCUCUUAUCUCCUGAAA